AUGCAGCCUCUGGAUCUGGCAUUUAUGAGUCCAUUUAAAACUUACUGUUCCCAGGAGAUUGAAACAUGGCUAAAAAAUCAUAUUGGUAUACCUUUUUCAGUUUACCAGAUAGGCCAAUUAUUAGAUAAAGCAUACUUAAAAGCCGCCACUGCGGAAGUAUCCGUUAAUGGGUUCAGGAAAAGUGGCAUUUUUCCUUUCAACCCAUUUAUUUUUCAUGCUCACGACUUUGCCAUUCAUAGACAACAUGAAGCUACACCUCCACCUUCAACAGAGAAUGAUAACACUCCAGAUCCAGAACAAAUUACAACCACCACACCAUGUCUACAUAGGUCCUGA